AUCAGAGAUCAACAGAGCGACGAGCCGACACACCACUUGAUCCGCAUUUAGUCUUUAGUUUUGCUUCUCUUACGUUGCGUGUUGAGUGUCGCGGGUGCAUCUCGUAACAAACGCACAUAAAACUGCAAUUUAGUGCGCUGUUAAAAAACUUACAUACUAUAUAAUCCUAUUUCCGGAACUCGCCGUUAUUUACUGUGAAAAUGGAUAAUGCGCUCUCAGUUAAUCCUGUGUCCACAUCUAUUUGGACUAUAAUUUUCCUGUUACAAUAUGUUCAGCACAUUUUGGGCAAGCAGCUCGCCCACGUCUCGCACCAUAACGCGGCAGCUAUUCAACACUGCUCAGCCAUUGAUGUGAAAGAUAAAAUUGUGGAGCUGCAAUGUAAUGCCAAAUGUGCGGUCGAUAGUGUGAGGACUACCAUGGAAGAUCCGCAAAUCUGUUUUCAACAGUGCCAAGCGUCCAUUUAUCGUGAACCACGACGCGGUUUCUGCCCGAACAAGAGAAAUUUUACACUACCCAAACUCUCGCCAUUGCAGCAGCUGAUCUGCCUCGACAACUGCCUGUACGACUCCGACUGUCCCUUGGUGCAGAAGUGUUGCGACAUUGGCUGCGGACCGGUCUGCGUCGAAGCGAUCGACGUGCGGGAGGAUGCAUUGUUGCCACCAAUACCGAAAAUCAUAUACUCCAAAUUGGGGCGCGGAAAUAAGGUGGAAAUCAGAAUUGAAUCUUCGGCAAAUUCCACCUACUAUUGUCAUGUGGAAGUGCGGUAUCAUUUCGGCGUAUCCUACGCUGAGCGAAAGCUUAGUCCGUGGCAAUGUCAACUGGUGGAGAAAAUUGCUGAGAUUUCGGAUGCACGCAGCAAAAGAAUUGAUAUAUCGUUUAACCUCAAACCUGGUUACUGGUAUCAAGCGCGUGUUGCGGCAAUUAAUGCAUACGGUUUCCGUGGCUAUUCUGAACCCUCCAAAGUAUUUCGCUUAACGCAUAAUCCCAAGCCUCCCAAGUCUCCCGCUGAUGUGCAAGUAGUUGCCGCCCUUUUUAAUGGUCACCAUUAUAAGGUGAAAAUUGCUUGGUGCCCAUCAAAGUCGAAUUUGCCGAUUGAAAAGUAUAAAGUCAUAUGGUCGCUCUAUGUGAGAAAUAACGAUGAAUCAGUUAUAACGAACGAAACUUACGUCAAAGAUGCACACUAUUUCGAAAUAAAGGAACUUUUGCCUGAGUCCAGCUACUACAUUCAAGUCCAAUCCAUAUCCAUAAAUGGCAGCCGACGUUUGAAGUCUGACAAGUGCUCAGUACUCUAUAACACGACCCAACCUGCGGAGCCCUACAGACCACUCAGGUGUUCGCAUCACGGCCAUGAACAAGAACAGACUAUUGACACCAACAGUGAAAACUCCUUAUCAGGAACCCAUGAAAGAGAGUCCAAGCCAACUACAUUAGCAGCAUCAACUGUUCAAGGAUAUGAAGUAAAUUAUCGGUUUAGUCGUAAGUUUGGCAUGAUUGUACACAUAACGGGAUUUUUACCACACAAAGAGAAGGUUUACGAAUUAUGUCCAAAAGAAAGCAAUUGUGAGCAGCGAGAAUACAGCGCGAUAAGGGUGAAGCAAGAUGCAGUGGAAUUUAACAGACUAAAAUUCGAUACCACUUAUGUGCUCAAAGCUUACAGAUCCAACUCUUUCGGCGAGUCAGCACGUGCAGUGAAUAGUUAUUUUUCAUUUACGACACCGAAAUGUGAGGCCUUCAAAAAUCGCUUUCCAAAAGAGACCUUAAAAUGUUAAUCUAACGUGUUCAAAUAUGUAUAAUAAUUAUUAUUGAGUUUAGAAUAAGUUCUUUUUAUUACGAAUUUACAAUAAAUUAACCGACCAACCGUA